GUCGGUUCUCUCUCUGAACGCACAGGUCCUACCCCGUCAUGGAGCUCGCCUUUACCCCGCUGGAGGCCCUGCUUCCCGCCGGAAAUUUGAAGUAUUGCCUUGUGAUUCUUAAUCAGCCUCUGGACAAAUGUUUUCGUCACCUUUGGAAAAAAGCUCUUCUAAGAGCCUGUGCUGAUGGAGGUGCCAACCGAUUGUUUGAUCUCACUGAAGGCGAGAGAGAGAGCUUUUUGCCCGAAUUCAUCAAUGGAGACUUUGAUUCUAUUAGACCUGAAGUCAGAGAAUACUACACUCUUAAGGGCUGUGAGCUCAUUUCAACUCCUGAUCAAGACCACACUGACUUCACCAAAUGCCUUAAAGUGCUCCAAAGUAAGAUAGAAGAAAAAGACCUUCAGGUUGAUGUGAUUGUCACCCUUGGCGGCCUAGCUGGGCGUUUUGACCAGAUCAUGGCGUCUGUGAAUACCUUGUUCCAAGCCAUUCACAUCACUCCUUUGCCAACAGUAAUAAUCCAAGAGGCAUCUCUCAUCUACCUUCUCCAGCCAGGAAAGCACAGAUUGCACGUGGACACUGGGAUGGAAGGCAGCUGGUGUGGCCUUAUUCCUGUUGGACAGCCUUGCAAGCAGGUUACGACAACGGGUCUGAAGUGGAACCUCACAAACGAUGAGCUUGGCUUUGGAACGCUGGUCAGUACCUCUAACACCUAUGACGGGUCUGGUGUGGUGACUGUGGAAACUGACCAUCCGCUCCUCUGGACCAUGGCCAUCAAAGACUAGCCUUCCCCACAGAGUCCAUCGGCGCGCCUCUGCCUUACCUCACCUGCCAAAGGCUCGUUGCUCAACACAGACGGGGUUCAUCCGGGUUCACAGAAAUCAAAACUUCGCUAGGGGAAGCCACCAGUUUGAAAGAAAAUAACAACUGGAGAUGGAGCUAAGUGGCAGAGAGGAUGCUUGCCUAGCAGGCACAAGCCUGGAUUGAGGCCCUAGCAAUGCAAAACUAAUCAUCAUCAUCAUAAUCAUAAAACAUUGAUAAUGUUUAGAUCAUCCAGAUAACACUAUAGAUAACAGUCUUUACAGUGAGGGAAAACAAUUAUGUGUCAUGAAAGUGAAUGAGCUCUGUUAUAUUCUCUUGGAAAGAUAGUGUGGAUCAUUUCAGUAUAAAAUUCAGAACUAUUUUUUUAAUCAUUCCAUUUCUGUUUGAAAAUUGUCUUUAACUGUGAAACUAGGAAUUAAAAACCUGUGCGGUUCCUCCUGGAGUCAGUGUGCUUGUCAGGAAGGGCUAGCACUGAGUAUCUCUAAUGCUGUCCUCUUCUAUGGAAUAUGUAUUAUGCUUUAUCUUUAAGAAAAAGUCUUCCAGAUUGGUGUUGCAGAACUGCAAGGUUUCACUCUGGUUUUGUAACUCUAGCACUGUCUCUCAAAAAUAAAUUGAGAAUCAGCCAGGUGCUGCUCGCUCAUGCCUGUAAUCCUAGCUACUCAGGAAGCUGAGAUCUGAGAAUCAAGGUUCGAAGCCAGCCCAGGCAGAAAAGUCUUUGUGAGAUUCUUAUCUCUAAUUAGCCACUCAAGAAACAGAUGUGGUGCUAUAGCUCAGGUGAUAGAGCACUAGCCUUGAACACAGAGAGACUCAAAGAUAGCAUCCAGGCCCUGAGUUCAAUCUCUAUGACCAACAAAAAUAAGGAAAGAGAGAGAGAGAGAAUCAUUGACCUAAAUUGUUAGAUUUGGAAAUAGUACAUAAGUACAGAGGCCAUAGUGAACGAUACAUAAUCAUUCAUGAUGCCCUACUCACAGGCUAAUACCCAGACUCAAUGUAAUUAUGCUAUGCUUUAGUGGGUUGACAACCAUUACAACUUAGACCGGAAAAGUUGGGAAGACAAAAAUAUAUAUAUAUUUUUUAACCUACCUCAGACUGAAAAAGUAUAUAUACUGGUUCAUCAGUCACAAGUGCAUUUACAUGAUCCGCAAAUGAGUCUGUUUGUCGAUAUGGAUAAAUGAACAUGGAAUGCGGAGAUACCAAGGCUGUAGCCUGUGUUCUGCCCCUGGCCACCACCCACCUGGGUUACCUGAACCAUCUCCUCGACUGUCAAAUGGAAAAGGUUGUACCGACCGCAUCUGCGGCAGCCUUCCACACGCAAGUUCUGAGUGCGGACGCUGAGCAGGUGCAGGGGAGAUAACACACUCAGUUACUGACACCUUGAGCUUGAGCAAACUGGUAAACAUGCAUUCAUGUUUCUUUUUUGAGACACUCCUUCGAUCUUCUUCCUAACCUUUCCUUCCCAAAUCACUAGAUCACAUCUUGCCAAAUACACCACUCUUUACGCACUGCAAUGCCUGAAUCUCAGAAGGACAAUGACCAAUAAUGCCUUUCAUCUUGGUGCUACAGCAGUGUGAGGCUCAGAUUGUAAAUAGAGAGUGAAAAGGGAUCAAGUGAACUCGCAUACAAUUCUCAAGAUUCAUCAGAGAUGAUUUUUAGUUAUUUUAUGCCAGUAUAUGUGAUACCAAAAACCUGGAUGUCAAAUAAAAAUAUUUCCUUACAAUAUG